AUGUCUCAUAACAUAAUUACUGUGAAAAGUUCUCAUCCUAUGAAAGAAGUAAAUGAAAUGAGCUUUCAAGAACUUCAUAAAUUUUUGGAAUCAAAGAACAUUAAAUAUGAAGAUCUUAAAAAUAUCAUUAAUGAGGAAAUUUGA